UUCUUUUUUUACAGCAGGAGUAGUUAUCCUUUCAAAACAUGAAAUCUCCUCUGCAAUUGAACUUAGAGUAUGUUUGGAUGGAGAAAUUUAAUAAGGAUACCUCCAUGACAGCUUCUCCCGAAAACAGGAGAUCUCCAUGUAGAAAUCACGCAUGUGACGGAGAGCCACCACUAGGCGCGGCAGGCGACGACGCCACUUGGCCUAGGCGGCACGGUGGUGGAGUCGGACGAGGACUUGCACGAUGUCAGAGGCGCGCAGGCAGAGCGCCUCCUGGAGCGGGUUCCAGCCAGCGCAUUGUGGAGGGAGAUAUCGAUAGGGUUUUCUCUCUUCAUCGCUCUGUGUCGCUCCGUUUCAAUGGCUCAGCAAGACGCUCAAAACGGCGGGUCGAAGAAUGCCGCUGCUGCUGCUACGGUGUCGUUUGUCGCUGUGAAGCCGCAGCUCCUCGUCGAAGCUCCUAAGGCCAACGUCGCCAUUCUGUUCUUCAAGGUCGUGUUUGGCACUGAGGAAGUUGGUCGUACGCUCAACCCUAAGCGCAAAGCCAAGCACGAGCUCCCUCUCAUACUCUCCGCAUAACUCAAAAUCGUUGGCUCCACCAUUCUCGUCACUGACCUCGUUGAUGACACUUCUUCACCGUUAGUUUUCUCUCAUAUUCACGUUCAUAUUUUCUAGAUCUUGAAUAUUAACACUACUCCUAUUUUGUUUCUACUAUUUUUUAAGAUUUUACUGAUUCUCUCUGCUAUUCGGUUGUUUAGGUUUUUUGUUUUGUUUAUUUUUUAUAUUAAUUAGUUUAUGCUAUUUCAUGUAAUCUUUUCUGUAUAUUUUGUUUUAUAUG